CUAACAUAUGUCGUACACAUCGUACAUUGCGUCGGUGCUCCGAAAUCCGUACGCCUAACUGAUUGUCAUACCACUCUUCAGAGAUUGUGCUUCGUCUGAUGGAUGACGAUCGACAAUCUCAGAGGACAAGGGUGAGGAGGUCCAGUCCAUCACGGGCAGACAAUGUCUGUCUAUACUGUCGGCGACGGAAAACGAAGUGUGACAAGAGGCUACCAAGCUGCUUGCAAUGCCAGAAAGAUCAUGUGGAAUGUAUCUAUAGUGAUACUGCAAGCAUCUCCCUCGCAGAUGAGUUCCGCCACCUGCGCAACAGACUGAGAGAAGUGGAGAAAUUGGCAAUACCCGGGACUUCGAAAAUCGCUCGUCCUGCCCAGCUACACUCAAGACACGAGGACCCACCAGGUGGUAGACGACAGGUCGGCAACCACGCCCCUUUUCUUGAGCAACUCGCAGCGGUAAACUUCGCAAACCUCAGCGAAGAGGUUUGCGAACUGCUACAAUCGAAGCCAGGAGAAGUGUAUGGAGCCUGCCAGAUUUAUUUUCAAAAUGUCCAUAAGUGGAUGCCGGUCAUCUCGCAAAGGCUCUUCUAUCAAAGAAUGACAGAAUUCAGCAAGACAAAACGGCCGGACUUCGCGGUUCUCUUGCUUGGCGUCUGUUUACUGAUUCGAUACGCGGUGAUUGAUACAGGACAAGACCCGCUCUAUAAGAUUGUCAAGGGCGAGUACUGGCAUUUGUGUUCAUGUCUGGAAGCAUCGAUUGAGUUGGUCCAGGCAGGCGUCCUAAUUGCAUGCUACGAACAUGCAUCCGGCAUGGCCGAAGCAGCCUAUGGAACAAUAGGCUUGUCUGCCAGGAUGGGCUCUUGGAUGGGAUUACACAAUCAACGCUUGGAAUCAGAUCUUCCCAAAGAUAGUGAUGCCUGGCUCGAAAAUGCAGAGAGAUUCAAUUUAUGGUGGGGCAUAGUUAUUCGGGAUAGAUGUCUCAACAUUGAAGAUACAGCAUUUGACAAGCCGUUUGCCGUGGAGAGGCGCUACAUACCUGUGCAACCUCCUCACGAUUGUGAAAAUCUCGAUCUAUCUUUCAACGCCACUCCCGUUAUCAACACCAUCGGUAUUUUUCGCCGUGUCGCCCAGGCGUGCCGUCUGCUUGAUCGGGCGGUCUACCUCCGCCAACAAAAAGUUACAGCUCAGCCAGAUAGAGCUGAUGGUGAGAUGAAACGACUUGACGAUGACAUUCGCCGCCUCCUGGGAAUUCUUAUAGAUCAAAAUAGUGGCUCUCUAUGCGAGUAUUGCGAAGCUUCGGCAAUUGUCAUUGCUGCUCUCUUUGUUCUCCAUGGCCAAAGCUCUCCCUCUGAUUAUUCGUCAGUCGUGCCUGUAGACGUCCAGGGCAAUGACCACAUUGUUGCAACUACUGCAUCUUCACUCGCACUGAAGACGGCAGAAAGGAUUGUCAUCGAUGUGGCGCGUAGUUUUAAUCGCUGUUUGGGGGAAAUCAGCAUGAUUGCCCUCCCUCCAACCUAUUGUUAUAUUAUAUUCCGCGCUACAGAGGAGUUAAUCAGCUUUCACGGUAGUACUGAUCGAGGCCAGUGGUCUCAAGAUCUAGAAGUGCUGAGGGAGGCAAGCUGGCACUAUGGUCGAAGGUGGCAAAUAGCUACACACCAUUUAAAAUCCGUGGACAAGGCUAUUGCCAGUCUUGAGCCCAACCCGCCAUUAACCUUCUGUUCAUUUGAGCCACUCCAGAAUCAUCCUUGCCUCAUCACACUAUUUGACGAGGGCGGGGCGUAGGGGGGGGUAUUAGUACAUGAGACUUUACGCAGAUCUGCUUAGAAAUUUAGUGGCAAGUUAGGAGGCUAGGCUGCAGAUAAAUAAUUCAAAAGGUUGAGUUAACUCAAUGUCGCGGGCUUUUUUUGUUGGCCACGGGAUCUAGUGGCGUGAUUAACCUCUUGAACAUGCCUUGAGAUUAUGGCACCGGCUGCUUUCAUGUUAGUCGGUGAGAGUCGGAAAGCGGC